AUGGCCAGUGCAGUUAAAUGUGCCACGUGGACCUGCCAGGUGCUAAAAACACAGUUAAAAAACUCCAAGACCAAAAGCAUGACAUGGAAAGAGAAAUCAAGAACACUUCACAGGAGACUCCGGGAAGAGUCUGCAGAAUGGCGGCAAUUUCAGGCUGAUCUCCAGACUGCAGUGGUCAUUGCGAAUGACAUCAAGUCUGAAGCCCAAGAAGAGAUCGGUGAUCUAAAGCGACGGCUACAUGAGGCCCAAGAGAAAAAUGAGAAACUCACAAAAGAAUUGGAGGAAAUAAAGUCACGCAAGCAAGAGGAGGAGCGUGGCCGGGUGUAUAACUACAUGAAUGCUGUUGAAAGAGAUUUGGCAGCCUUGAGGCAAGGGAUGGGACUGAGUAGAAGGUCCUCGACUUCCUCAGAGCCGACUCCCACAGUAAAAACCCUCAUCAAGUCUUUCGACAGUGCAUCUCAAGUACCAAAUGCUGCUGCAGCUGCUAUCCCUCGAACGCCUCUGAGUCCAAGUCCCAUGAAAACCCCUCCCGCAGCUGCCGUUUCUCCCAUGCAGAGACAUUCCAUAAGUGGUCCAAUCUCAACCUCCAAGCCUCUGACAGCCUUGUCAGAUAAGAGAUCAACUAUGGAGAAAUUCCUGUACAAGGCAGCUAACAUGUUCAUAUCAUUUUACUUUUCUGUUAAUCUUUGCAUUCUUUGGUAA